AUGACUCCAAAGCGCAACCUCAAUCCCUUCACACGCCCGCCACUCAUCACGGUGCCAGCGGUCGACGGCGCCGCCCACGACGUCGACGUCCUCUCCCCGCCCGCCAUCCACAGUCAGCACGCGAGCGUGAUCUUCAGUGCGCCAGGCAUACCGCAGCCCUCCAGAGCCCCUGGCCUGCCAACGGACCCCUUCACACCAGACACACCCACGCGCCCGACGUCUGCCGGCUCCCUCAGCGCCUCGGACCCCUCGGCGCCACUGCCGGCCGACUUCCCCGCGCCGCCGACGCACGCGCCUCGCGGCACCCACAAGCCUUUGGCAUUCGUCGACGUCGAGACGCUCCGCGAUAGCCAGUACUCGAGCGAGGGCUCGGACCGCAGCCCCAGUCCGCGGGUGUACGAACCCAGUGCGGAGGAAGUUGCACAAUUCGCUGUGCUGACGCGCGCGAGUUUGGUGUCGGGCAGCGUAGCGGACCGCCGCUCAGUUGCCUCGGACGAGGAGAAGCACACUGUGCUGGACAAAGGCAAGGGCCGCGCAUGCGACAAUGACGACGACGAACAUGACCAUCACCGCCACGCGCACGCGUUCUACCCCAUCAACAUUGACGAGUGGGCGCACUCGCCGCCCCUCUCGCCCGGAUACGCCGCAGACCGGCCCUCGCCGCCGCGCGACGGCUUCACCAUCACGCCCGGCUUUGGUGCGCACUGCACAGACCCGAGCUUGACAGUGUCGUUGGCGCGUUCCGACUCGUCUAAGUCGGCGGGUCUGCCACGCGCCACAUCCCGCCGAGCGCCGCCACCGCCUCUCAAACUCGAGAGGAGCAACAGCUCGCUCGCGCUCGAGAAGCUCGCGCCGCGCAACUCACAGGACAGCAUGUGCGUCGAGAUCGAGAAGCACCGGCCCGCACAUGUCGGUCCUGAAUGGGACGACUCUGCGUCUGCGUCGGAGACACCCCCGCUCUUCAACGUCUCGCUUACACCGUUCGCGAGUAAGGAGGCCUCGCACUCGACCUCGAACUCGGGGAAGCGCAAAUCGGGUCUCGUGGGCAUCCUCAAGACGAAGCGGGCGAGCAUGCGUGAACAAAAGCGGGUGCGCGUAGCUUCGCCCAAGAUGGCGGCGUGGUCGAGCUCGCUCCAUUCGCCGCAGGCAAGACAACGGUCACCAGGAAAGACGGAGUACAAUAUCGGGAUGUACCAGCCGCCGAAAGCGCGGCGGGGCUGGCGCGCCCGCAUCCGGCCAAGCUGGGUUGUCGGGGCGGUCUUGCUCAUAAUUAUCAUCGUCGCGAUCGUCGUCCCGUUCAAAGUCAAGCGCUCGCCUGAUGCCGCCGACGCGCCGGGUGCACCCUCCAAUGUCCCGCCCAACGGGUCUAUCUCGGACCAAGCGCAGCCGGACGAGUGCCUCCGCCCCUUCAUGGACCCCGGGUACGGCCUUGGCAUCUUGUACACGUGCGACGCGUGCGUCGCGAGCCUCGCAGACCGGCCUAAUGACUUCCUUUCGGACGGCGCGCCGACAGGAGUCGGCGCUAUGCGCCAGUACUGCGCGCUCAUGGACGUUCUGUUCACGUCGAGCGUGCAGAGGCUGCACACGGGCAAGUGGGGCGCGGACAUGGCGCCCUGCGACGGGUGGCAGGGCGUGCAGUGCGACCGGCGGGGACGCAUCACCGCCGUCGAGCUCGUAUAUCCUGGCGUGCCGGCCGAGGUGCCCCCGUCAUUCACUGACCUCGUCGCGCUGCGCACCCUCCGCAUCGUGGGGGACGGCAAGCGCCCCUCCUCCCUCCUCCCGCCAGGCAUCACGUCGCUGCCGAACCUCACCACCCUCGAUUUCCAGUAUACGAACCUCGGCGGCGCAGUCGCCAACCUCUCAUCAACGAUGCGCAACCUCACGCUUGUGUCCAACCCCGCUCUGCGCGCACCCAGCGACUUCAGCACUAUUCCGCUCGAGUCGCUCGUCCUCGCAGACCAGAAUGUCACCGCCUUGCCCGCGCUCCCGUCCUCGCUCAAGUUCCUCGACCUCAGCCACAACGCGCUCAAGGGCAACCUCAACCCGCUCCUCGCGCUGCCUUACCUCCGCAGCCUGUAUCUCCAGCACAACGACCUGGAGCGCUUCAUCCCCCCACCGCGCGCGCCGCUCCAGGCCCUCAACCUGGCAGGCAAUCCGCGGCUCGUCGGCGGCUUGUGGAAAGGGACGUGUGAAGGGCUGCGGGCGUGUGAUGCACGCGGGACGGCCAUGAACAGGAACUGCACACGGUGCUAUUAUGAGGAGUAG